GAAAGAGCUAGUUUCUCCAUCAAGAGAGUUCACCCGACGGUGUUCCACGAGCGGCGGGAUCUGCACCUCCUUCCACCUUCCCUUAUUGUUCCCUCUCUCUCGUUUCCAUUUCAUCCCAUCCGGCUCGACUGACUCGCCACUUCCUACACCUCCCCUUCCUCUGCCUUCGGGUCUCCUUGUCUUAAGGCUUCGCAGCUCUCAUCGGCAUCCCGGCAUCUUCGAUUCCCUAUCCUUUAUCGCCCGAUAGCUUCCUCCCGAGAGUCUCCCGUACCCCGCCGCGAUGUCGACCUCUGCUCGCCGCCGUCUCAUGCGUGACUUUAAGCGUAUGCAAACCGACCCCCCAGCCGGCGUUUCCGCAUCUCCAGUAGCGGACAAUGUUAUGACUUGGAAUGCCGUGAUCAUUGGACCCGCCGAUACUCCCUUCGAGGACGGAACAUUCCGUCUGGUCAUGCAUUUCGAGGAACAGUACCCAAACAAGCCGCCAGGCGUCAAGUUCAUCAGUCAGAUGUUUCAUCCCAAUGUGUAUGGCACUGGCGAGCUGUGCCUCGAUAUUUUGCAGAACCGUUGGAGCCCAACUUAUGACGUGGCGGCGAUCCUCACUAGUAUUCAGAGUCUACUCAAUGACCCGAACACCUCGUCGCCAGCGAACGUAGAAGCCUCGAACCUUUACAAGGACAACCGGAAGGAAUACAUCAAGCGCGUGCGUGAAACGGUCGAGAAGAGCUGGGAGGAUUGAUUGGUUUUUCCCCUUCUAUUUUAUUCUGUUCCCUUUUCUACUAUACUGGCCUUUUCAUAUACCUCUCGACUCUUUCUUUCUUUUGUUUGUUGAUGGUCUGAUUGAUGGAACGACUUUGUCCGCUCAUGUCAAAACAGACGACAAGCGGCCUCGGCCAGGCUUGUCGGGUGCUGUGAUCGGGGAAUUUUUCACGCCGUUUGAUGACAUGCACAGCGCGGGGUUUUGGCGCCUGGUAAAUAUCUUUCUGCUCGGUCUUGUGGAUAACUGCAUUUCUUGUCUUGUUUCACGUUGCUGCAUCCUAGUGCAUAAGGCUUAGCUGUUACGGCCGUCAUUGUGAUUAGUUGUCAUUUUAUUUUGUGUUAAUUCAAUGGACAUUCUAUUAUUCUUUCU